AUGGUUACACGGCGACUCGGGCGUGUAGAGGAGGGAAUGGGAACUAAAGGGAGGUGCUACAGAUCCCUUCUACUCUCGCGGCUCAACUGCGUACCGGUGACACGACGGACGAAGCGGGACGCGACUAUGCAGUUCUUCGAAGGCUAUCCAGAUAGACGCCUACCGAACAGCCUUGCGAGAUGUCGUUCCGCAGCUUCCAACCAUCCGGUAGCGGGCCACCUUGGACGGCCCCAGCUCGCACAAGAGGGGUUCUGUUUAACCUAUGCGUUCCGUCUUCGAGGACUAUCCGUACCCGUUCCCGUGCCAUCAAUCACCCGCGCCAACUCGAAUGUAAUGGAUAUCCCAUAUGCGGUGCCGCGUCUGCCUCUCCCGUCCGAUCCGCUGUUCGCGCCGCGAUGCCUCGUUGGCCUCCACCGUGAUAACAAGCGGGUCAAGGCGGGCCAGCUAGCGUUCCUCGGUGGGCGCGUGUCUGAUAAAAUUCGGACGGCAUCAGGCCUCUUGUCGAAAGGCUCUUCGACCGCUGUACCCGUCCUACGCCCACCCCGAACGAGUCGGUACUUAAGAAUGACUGCCCCUGGUUCUGUCUCGGCAGAGCGACUGCUCGAGAUUCGAGAGGACGUGACGGCCAUCGUGAACGAACGUGUCUUCCCGGUAUUUGUCGAGACCAUCUUAUACACACUUUACUCGGUGCUCAUGAUCACUCAUCUCAUCAAGCACAGGAACAAUCCCCGCCAUGCACCAAGUAUCUUCGCUCUCUCUAUGUGGCUCUAUCUGCCGUGCACCGUCUGCUGGGCACUAGACUUCUCCCUGCUGUGGACCGAUCUCUACCGGUAUCUCCCCGGGACUCUUUCUCCCGCCGCCACGAGCUCAUCCGACAACGACCGACUCGCGCUCAACAACUCCAACCGCAUUUUUGUGCGCGCGAUCUGCGGAGGGACAGUGUUCGUCUUUUGCGAUGUAGUCGCGAUGUGGAGGGCGUACGUGCUUUACGGGAGACCGCGAUGGCUCGGGAUCGGUUGUCUGUGUUUAUUCGCCUUCUCCUCAGUUAUGUAUACCAUGGUCGGCGUCUUCGAUGCCACAACGCUGUUGAGGGACCCGCCGUCCUUCGCAAGCCACCGUUUCACACCAACAGCAGCGCUAGAGCUCACAGCGUUCUCGACGACCCUACUGGCCCAUCUGGGCAGCACGAUCCUGAUAUCGCGCAAAGCAUGGAUACACCGCCGUUGGCUGCGGAAGCUCAUCGACACACAGAACGGAUCAGGCGGCUCGAACGAUAGCAAACCCAUGGUCGUCGUAUACACCGUCAUCGAAUCAGGCAUCAUGUACACCUCCGAGUCGCUUUGGGCGGUAUACGUAUCCACGGGCUGGCUCAGCGACUACGGCAGAACCUGGACAGGGUUCUGGAUGUACCAGAUCUCAGGGAUGUACCCCACAUUGGUCGUCGUCGUCGUACUUCUGCGCGGCUCGCUGCUAGAGCAGAGUGCAGCGAGGACUGGUGAUAGGCGUGUCGGCACACUCGUGCGUCGCGUGGUCGAUGGCACACGGCACGACGUCGAUCUGCGGGACGCCCCCGCGUUCCGUGUAGGUGACGCGAAAGCCCGAGCGCUGGAACUUGCUUGA